AAGGGUGGCGUCGCGAUGCCCUGAUCGGCAUAUCUCGUGUAGACAGCAAACUCGCGGCGCCCGGCAUCGUACACUCAACCUCCAACACCUUACCUACGAUUGUGAACCACGUGAAACGGAAACGGAGCUACGGUUUCGACUCCCAAGGGAACAUCCACCUCGAUACAUCGUCUACUUUGCUUCUAUAGCAACAGGCCAGAAUUAAACGGAAAGAGAACUUUACAAUGAAGAUUAGGACAGGUUUGUUAACGUCGAGCGUAGCUUUCUUUUAUUUGAUUGGGAUCGUGGAAAGGCCAGUUUUGGCGAUGGAGGAAGCACCGCCUUAUUCGAUGAACCUUCAUGAUUAUAAUUCUAUGUUGAAUUCUAUGGAAUUUGACGACUCUGUGCCUGAGAAAAGAGCUUAUACUUACGUUUCCGAAUAUAAGAGGCUACCAGUGUACAACUUUGGUAUUGGGAAACGUUGGGUAGACACAAACGAUAACAAGAGAGGACGCGACUACUCGUUCGGUCUUGGUAAACGCAGGCAAUACAGUUUCGGUCUAGGGAAACGAAACGAUAACCCGGACUAUCCUGUCAGAUUAAACAUGGACUAUCUCCCCGUGGAUAAUCUCGCUUACCAUUCGCAAGAGAAUUUGGACGAUCUUUUAGAGGCGAAACGUAGCAGGCCCUAUAGUUUUGGAUUGGGUAAGAGGGCGGCUCAUCCGAACAACGGACAGCCGAUAGGACCAAAGAGACCAAACGAUUUGAUGAGCCAAAGAUAUCACUUUGGCCUUGGCAAGAGGAUGUCCGAAGACGAGGAGGAUUCGUCGCAAUAAGACUCUUUGCGAAGGAUGUCUUGCUCGACGAUCCAUUUGAACGGUGUCGUCGACGUUUAUGGCAAUGUAGCUCUAAUUCGAUGUCGCAGAGUUUUAUUGUCAGACGAAGUAUAUCGAUAACGCAACAAUAAAGACGCGUUUGAAAGUUUCAACGUCUCUUAAACGAGUUCUUCGUCUCUCACAUCUCGUUCAGGCUUUGUGUUCCAUUUUCAUCAUCUACCUAUCGAAUUCUCUUUCUUUACGUCUGAUAAUAUCGGUGGUGGUUUUUAAUUUGGUUGAUGUUAUACGAGUAAAAGUAACCGCAGAGCUGGGUGGAUCGUUCCAUCGUUUAGACGAUGCUUGAAUCGAAUGGAAGAGCGGCGUUCCUGUCAAAGUUGAGCAAAUGUUAUUUGAAACGGAAAUAAAGGAGCGUAACUUGAGGCGAUGCGUCGAUUUUAAUUAAUUGUUUUCGUUCGAAAUUUAUUUUCGUGAGAAUGAAUUUUACCUUAUGCCGAGAUAAUACUUUUUCAUUUUAAUUAACGUUUUGGAAUGUAUUAAGGAAUAAUUUAAAUACGGCUUCUACAUACACAUACAAAUAAUAAAUCCAGACUAUUUCACGAAAUAGACCGUAUAUUGCUUUCCUCGUUUCAAGUCCUCCUUUCGAUUGUACACUUGAAUAAUAAAUGUGUGCGAGAAAGUUUGUCUCUUCGGUACAAUUUACGUAAUAAAAUCAGAAAUCAUGCGAAAAAUUACUCUAGAAAAUAUUUACUCGAACAAAUAUGGAACCCGAUAUAAUCGAAUAAUUCGGAGAAGAAUCAUAUUCAUCUUUAAAUACGUCGAAGCGCAAUUAUUUAAGAAUACCUACAAAAUUGAUCUAAAAGGGAGAACAUGUUAUUUAAACUAUCGAUUUUCAAAUAUUUUAUUUAAACAAUACCUAAGAUUCUUGAUCGAUAUGGCGAUUAUUUUUGUAUGACGAUGUUUGGCUCGGCUUGGUGGUUAAGACGUUUGUACGAAUAAAAUGUGUUUGAAACGAUCGAAUUACGAGUGUUUUGAGAUUUAUACACAUGGAUUUGAAAAUGCUUUAUUAGAAGGUUCAUAUCGUGUACAUAGAUUUGUUCAAAUAAUAAAUAAAUAAUAUUGAAAAUGCUGAGUAGCGGAGAAUCAUUAUUAAAUAAUUUCUAUCGUAAUAAGCAAAGUUCGUAUAACAUAUUAUGUAAUAAAUGUAAAUUUCAAUAAUAACAACAUAAACUAUGUCGCUUUAAAAAAUAAUGUCUGGCGAAUAAUUUAUCUUUGACGCUUUCGAAUAACAAAUGAACGAUUCUUGUGAUAAUUUUCCAAAAUAAAGCAUUUUUAAAGCUACGAACGUAUCGUGUAUUCCUUAUUUUAUUUAUAUAAAUAAAUUUUAUUCGUUGCACGAAUAGGAAAUUCUAUAAAUUAACAGCAAUAUCCUGGAGCUUGUUAACGUUGUUUCAAAUAAACUGGUAUUUUAUCUAGGUUGACAAGUUAUUGCGAGAUGGAACACUGAAACGGUUUGUCGUUUCGCUUUCAAAUCGAAUUUACCCAGCUCUGUAUCCCUUUUUUCAUAUCCAUUUGCGACUGUGAAUUUAAAUAAGGCUAUCGUUCAUACCGAAAUAUACAGAAACAUCGAUUCAUUGAAUUGCAUACAUUCGUUGUACUUUAAAAAUCCUUAUGAAUGUUACCGUUUUACGUAAGAUGUCGAUUGUCAUCAGAAUAAAAGAUACUAGAUACUUGUA